AACUGGUUAUUUAAACAUUUUGGUUUUCGCGUUAUUCAGAAACUCCAGCGAAACUUUCUAAACCUACACGAUAAUUUUGUUCAGGCAAGCAGGCGGGCAGCUCUGCAGGGAGGGGUCCUACCGAGAAACAGGAAGAGAAGAUGACGGUUCAUAACUUGUACAUCUUUGACCGCAACGGAAACUGUCUCUACUACAACGAGUGGAACCGAAAGAAGCAGGCGGGCAUCUCAAAGGAGGAGGAGUUCAAGCUCAUGUACGGGAUGUUGUUCUCCAUCCGCUCAUUCGUCAGCAAGAUGUCUCCUCUGGACAUGAAGGAGGGCUUCCUGUCCUUCCAGACCAGCCGCUAUCGUCUUCAUUACUACGAGACUCCGAGUGGACUGAAGUUCAUCCUGAACACGGACCUGUCCGUGUCCAACGCCAGAGACACUCUGCAGCACAUUUACAGCAACCUCUACGUGGAGCUCAUCGUCAAGAACCCCAUGUGUGCGUCCACUCAGAGUUUGGACAGCGAACUGUUCAGCAGCCGGCUGGACGCCUUCAUCAGAGCUCUGCCCUACUACAGCCCCAGAGCCGGCUGACCGGUCAGCUGACCCACCAGCUGAUCCACCAGCUGAUCCACCAGCUGAUCAGUGAAACUCUGACUGGUUCCUGCUGUGUUGUAUUUAUUGUGGUUUUGUAUCUUCCUGAAUUAAACUGAUGUGAAAUGUU